CCCACCCACUCAUAAGGGCGUAGCAGCCGACGCAAAUUCCUGCCCUUCUCCUUCUCUCUCUUUCCCUCAUUUUCUUUCAAAAUGUCUCACAAUCAAGAGAUGCAGGACCUUAUCCCACUCGUCAACAGCCUCCAGGACGCCUUCAGUAGCCUGGGGAUGGUCUGCCCCAUCGAUCUACCUCAAAUAGCAGUCGUUGGCGGUCAGUCUGCCGGGAAGAGCUCAGUACUGGAGAACUGCGUUGGAAAGGAUUUCUUGCCACGUGGGUCCGGAAUCGUCACAAGGCGUCCUCUAAUCCUGCAAUUAAUAAACGCUAAAGCUGAAUAUGCCGAGUUUUUACAUCAAAAGGGAAAGAAGUUUACGGAUUUUAACGAAGUACGUAAAGAGAUUGAGGCCGAGACUGAUAGGAUAACGGGAAAGAAGAAAGGAAUAUCAGCCGUACCAAUCAACCUGAGGGUCUAUUCACCGCAUGUUCUUAAUCUUACCCUUGUUGACUUGCCUGGUAUGACGAAGGUCCCAGUUGGAGACCAGCCUCCAGAUAUUGAGUUCCAGAUAAGAGACAUGUUGCUCCAGUUCAUUACAAAAGAGAAUACACUCAUACUGGCUGUCACUCCGGCUAAUUCUGAUCUUGCAACCUCAGACGCUCUCAAACUGGCUAAGGAAUGCGACCCACAAGGUAUAAGAACCAUAGGUGUACUGACAAAACUUGAUCUGAUGGACGAAGGUACUGACGCACGUGACAUUCUGGAGAACAAGGUCUUCUCUUUAAGACGUGGUUAUAUCGGUGUUGUGAAUCGUAGUCAGAAGGAUAUCGAUGGUAGUAAGGAUAUCCGAGCAGCUCUUGCUGGCGAGAGAAAGUUCUUUCUGUCUCACAGUGCUUACAGGCAUAUGGCGGAUAGGCUUGGUACUCCAUACCUGCAGAAAGUAUUGAACCAGACACUGAUUAAUCAUAUUCGUGAUACUCUUCCGUCUUUGAGAUCAAAGCUUCAAAGUGAGGUAUUUGCCAUGGAGAAGGAGGUUGAGGAAUAUAAAAGAUUCAAUCCGAACGAUCCAACCAUUAAGACAAAAGCUCUCCUUACUCUUAUUCAAAAUUUUGGUGACGAUUUUGAGAGGACAAUCGAAGGAGGAGGAGGAGCUGAAGUUGUCAUGUCGGAGCUGACGUGUGGAGCUAAAAUUAAUAAAAUAUUUCACGAGAGAUUCCCCUUUGAACUAGUCAAGUUUGAGAAAGAUGAGAAGGCCAUGAGAAAGGAGAUAGCGUUCACCAUCCAGAACAUACAGGGUGUCAGGGUUGGUUUGUUUACUCCUGAUAUGGCCUUUGAAGCCAUUACGAAGAACCAAAUUGAGAAGCUUAUGUCUCCAGCACUGAAAUGUGUUGACAUGGUGUCAGCAGAACUCAUGACGGCUGUGAAGAACUGUGCCGAUGGGAUGAAUCGUUAUCCGUUGCUAAGAGAUGAGACGGAAAGGAUCCUGUCAACAUUUUUAAGAGAGCAAGAACAGAAAGCAAAGGACCACAUUACGCUGAUGAUAGAGAUCGAGUUAUCCUACAUGAACACGAACCAUCAGGACUUUGUUGGCUUUGAUGCUGCCGCUAAAGGAGGUGGUGGUAAGAAGAAAGCUAAGACGUUGGGUAACCAGGUGAUCAGGAAAGGAUGGCUCAGCAUGGUAGUCUCAUUCAUAAAGGGUAGCUCUAGGGAGUACUGGUUCGUGUUGACGUCUGAGAGUUUAACACUUUUCAGGGACUCAGAGGAGAAAGAGCAAAAGUAUAGUUUAAGGCUUGAAGACAUGAAAGUUCGUGACAUUGAAAGCGGACGCUUCUCCAUCGGAAAGAAAUACGCCUUUGCCAUUUACUACACGACCGGAAGGAACGUCUACAAGGAUCAGGACCAGUUGCAAUUGGUUGCUCAAUCGGAGGAGGAAAUGGAGUCAUGGAAGGCAUCCUUCUUGAGGGCCGGAGUUUACCCAGAAGCAGAGAAAAGCUCAGCACCUGAUCCUGAUAUGGCUUCUUUAGACCCACAGUUGGAGCGACAGGUCGAAACGAUUAAGAACCUUGUGGAGUCCUAUAUUGAUAUUGUUAUUAAAACCAUCAAAGAUCAAAUACCAAAGACUAUUAUGCACACCAUGGUGAACAAGUUGAAGUUUUACAUUCAGAAGGAACUAAUAGCCAUGAUAUAUGCAGCUGGAGACCAGAACUCGCUAAUGGAGGAGAGCAAAGAGGCAGCGACUAGGAGAGAGGAGAUGAUUAAAAUGUAUCACGCAUGCAAAGACGCUCUGGGUCUAGUACAAGACAUCAACGUCAAGACAGUUCACACUCCUCUUCCUCCUCCCGUGAAUAUUGACGAGGACCUGCCCCCUCCCCCUAAGCCGUCCCGCCCACACAGCACUGCUAGUAUGCCCCGCCCCCCACCAGCUCGCCCUAAUAACAACACACAAACGUCACCACGUGCACCAACUCGGCCGUCUGCAGAGAGACCAAAUGUUCCAGGAAGACCUAAUGUACCACAGAGACCACCUGGAGGUGGUGGGGGAAGGCCGGUCCCUCCCCGCCCAUCAAUCCCACAGAGACCUCAGUAAUGGUAUUAUUAGCAGCUGCACUUUAAUUAGAAACUAUAGCUAUUACUAUUAUUAUUAUUAUUAUUACCGUUUACUCUUGUUUUGCUGUGUGGAUAUAUUAUCAAAAUGUAGUAGUUUUUUCUCUCUUUUUUAAAACUAUUUAAUAUUAUUGUUAUUAUUGUUGUACUUCAGCCAUUGCUAGUUCCAUCAUUUCUUCCUGUUUCUGUUGCUCCGUUUGCUUUCUCCUUGCAUCCCUAAUGAGCUUCUUUCUUUUCUUUCCAGACAACUUUACGUUAGCAUGAGGGUUAGUCCUUUUAAAG